AUGGCUGAUCAAAUACCUUUAGAUACUCCCAACGACUAUCGCGUAUACCUCACAAACCUUCGCGAAUCUGUCAGCCUACACAAACAUGCUCCUAAAAAGGCCCUCGAACCAUUCACAGUCAAUGGCUUCUCCUCACAUUCCCUCCCCUAUCUGGGCCCAGAGAUUCGUCGCUUCGAAUACCAUUCUCCAAGCAAAAGAGAUAUUCUUAAAACCUUACUUCUCCCCCCACAACUACCCAUCAUGCGGCUCCUCACCGAUAAGCUCACCAGAGAUUCAUGUGAAGAAUAUAAGCAUCUUGACUAUAGCCGACUCCCUGCUGACUCUAUCUGCUCCCAUUUUUACUCUCAGCACAUGGCUCGUCUCCGUAAAUCUCUUGGCUUGUUUCUACCUGGAUCAGAAGCCCUCGAACUUUCUGUCACUGUGUUCCUUGACGACCAAGGAUGGCUUUUCCCAGUAAAUACCACUGCCGGAUUCUUCAACAUUGUUUAUCUAGUCAUCAACAACCUCCCCUAUCCAGAACGCUUGCAGCGCAAAUUUUUAAUCCCAGUCAUGCUAAUCCCGGACCUUAACCAAUGUGCUAUGGCAAUCGAUUACAAUAAAGACUCGGAAACAAUCGACGAGUAUUUUGAAAAUUACAACUUCCUGGCCCGUAGUAAUGCCGGUAUUCUUGACCCCCUGGUCCGCGUGUUUCAGGAAAUGUCCCAAAAUGGGUUUUACGUCCAUGACAAUGUCGAUUCAACUGUGAGAAAACUGGUCAAAGUCCAUUGGACUCAUGCCAGCAGCGAUAUCAACCUCCUCUUGGGCCAUUCACCAACUAGCUCUCAUUUGACUUUACCCUUGGAAGCAGGAGGAACCCCAAUUGAUAGCAAGUUUUACAUGAAAAAGGUAGAGCCCAAAAUUAAAGCUUUGCUCCAAAAAAUCGCACAAUUCCCUAGUUCCAAUAAAAAGCACUGGGACGAAUUGAACCGUGCUUAUGGCUUCAAAAUGACCUCUGCAUUACUGGGCUCGCAUGCACCUCCCCCAUUGGAUUUGAGUGACUCGUUCCCCCCAGAUCUCAGCAGAAUCUUUAAAAUGUUAUGUCGUGAGCUACGCUUCUUGGACCCAGAGUACAUGGGUCAGUUCCCCAUUGACAAGGACAGUUUGGAACAACUGCGCCAGACAAUCAAUAGUCAAACUUCACAUCUUAUUUUAGGCAAUGAUUUUUCUCCAAAAGCCUCUUUCACCCCACACCAGCGUUCCUUUUUCUCCCAUAUCAUUCCUAUUCUUCCCUACUGGUUCCCCAAUAGUAACCCCGUGGUCGAGGUUAUAUCAAGCAUUUCCGUGUUUCUCAAAUGUCUAGCGCUCAGUUCAUGUCCCGUUACAUUUCUUCCUGUAUGCUCAACGGUCCUUGCAAUUCUUGAAAAACAAUACAACCGGUUUGUCGAGGCUGCAGAUCAACCUAGUCACUUCCGACUUGACGCCCUGCACCAUCUACCGAAAAUUGCUCACGCCUGUGGACCCCUAAGAGACUACAUGGUGUUUGAUCUUUCUCAUGCAGAACCCGCAAUUAUGGGUGAAGAUGCCUUGGUAUACGAUAUGGCGCUUAUGUACUUACCUGGAGGCUCUCAAUGGGUUCAUGCAGAAGAGGAGUGCAUGGCCCAGUUUUUGGAGCGCAUUGCACAUCCUCCAAAAGUGGCAGCUGACCGUGACCAGAUUGUACGAGAAUAUUUUUUAAAUGAUAAAGAAGGAGAAGAACAAGAAGAAGAACAAGAAGAAGAUGAAGAAGAAACAAAUGUGGAUGAGGGACUAGAAGAGUUUGUAAAGACCCAAUUUAAUGCCAUGGAUGGCGAUAAUUCACCAGUUUUACGGUUGCUCAAGAGUGUAGCACUGCCGCAGAUCUUACCACCAAUUAAUUCGGAGAGCUAUGUGCGUGUUGACGGUGAUAUUUUCAAGAUUUGUAAUCUUGUAGAACGUGUUGAUGGACUAAAAAAUGGACAUGUUUUUGCAGUAGUUCGACAAGUGGAGAACUUAGAAUUGUUACCACUAUCGCCUACAACCCAAGGGAUUUUCGAUUAUGCAGUGGAAAUGGCUUCAGAAACAUCACCCAAGUCAACCAAGUAUCGUGGGAAUAUUGGUGUGGGAUUAUAUUCCUAUGAGGAACGAUUGGGUCCUAAAUUGUUGGUGGAGGUUGAUAAGAAUAUGGUUCAUUUAAUUGUAUUAAAAUCGGAAAAGGGUCUUUUCUUUAUAGACCCCACCAUAGCUCUUCAGAUUCAAACUCAUCAAAAAACAAUUUAUAUUUAA